AUGGCUUCUUCUCCACCAUCUUAUCUGAUUUCUCUAGCAUUUUUCAUAUCCCUUCUUCUUCUCUUUGCAUCGUCUUCAAAUGAAGAAAGAUGGGUUUAUAUUGUGUACAUGGGAGCUCAACACUCAUCACAGUACUCAACCCCUGAACUACAUCUUAAUUUGCUUAAAGAAAUUCUGGUGAACUGCUCGCCUAGGGAGUCUUUGGUGUAUAGCUAUCAGAGGAGUUUCAACGGAUUUGCUGCCAAACUUUCUAUAGACGAGGCAGAAAAAUUGAGCGAAAUGGAGGGAAUAGUUUCAGUGUUUCCUAGUAAAACCCUGAAGCUUCGCACGACGAGGUCAUGGGAUUUCCUCAAGUUCCCGCAGGGUGUUAACAGGAAUCUCCAAGUGGAAAGUGACAUCAUUAUCGGAAUGUUCGAUUCUGGAAUAUGGCCGGAAUCCAAGUCCUUCAAUGAUAGAGGAAUAGGACCUCUGCCAAAGAAAUGGAAGGGUGCUUGUGUAAAUAUGACAUGCAACAACAAAAUCAUCGGAGCACGCUACUACAAUAGCUUCGGCAAUUACACAUCAAAUGAACCAUCGCCGCGCGACUUUGACGGUCACGGGACCCACACAGCUUCCACCGCCGCCGGUCAGAGCGUUUCCCAUGCCAGCCUCUACGGCAUCGCCGAGGGUACCGCCCGAGGGGCCGUGCCGUCGGCGAGGCUCGCAGUGUACAAGGUGUGCUGGUCGUUCGGAUGCACCGAUCAAGACAUCUUGGCGGCUUUUGAUGAUGCGAUCUCGGACGGCGUCGAUAUCAUCUCCCUAUCACUCAGCUAUGAUGCCGGGGAUUACUUCCAGGAUUCGAUGGCUAUCGGUUCCUUCCACGCCAUGGCGAAAGGGAUUUUGACGUCGGCCUCCGCAGGGAACGACGGGCCAUAUCAUUACACAGUCAGCAACGUAGCACCGUGGAUGGUGUCGGUGGCGGCGAGCAGCAUCGAUAGGCACAUCAUUGACACCUUGGUCACUGGAGAUCAUGUUUCCACUGUGGGAGCUUCUGUAAACACGUUUGCCACGGGAAAUAGAUUUCACCCCUUCACAUACAUGCAGGCAACUGAAAUUACUGAACCAGGGGAUUGCACUUUUUUUCUAGAUCUUGAAUACGGCGUGAACGGGAAGAUUGUUCUCUGCAACUCCUUCUCUUUCGAAACAACUUUUAAUAGAGGCAUUGAAGGAUUGGUAUAUAUAGAUGACUCUUCACUUGACGUUUCCUUCUCAUUUCCAAAGCCAAUCAUGGUAGUCAGCUCCGCAGAUGGCCUCAACCUUUUGCGCUACAUAAACCGCACUAAAAAUCCUGUGGCUAACCUCCAUAAAAGUGAAGGAGUUUUUGACUCAAAGGCUCCCCUGGUUGCUUCAUUCUCAUCAAGAGGCCCCAACCCCUUCACUCCUGACAUCUUGAAGCCUGAUAUAAGUGCUCCAGGAAUUGACAUUUUGGCCGCUUGGUCAAAGGUUGUGUCAGUAUCCGGCUUCCCCAACGACACGAGGUUCGUAAAGUUCAACAUAAUCUCGGGCACUUCUGUGGCAUGCCCACACGUAACCGGCGCCGCCGCCUACGUCAAGUCCUUCCACCCAAAUUGGUCGCCGGCAGCCAUCAUGUCUGCCCUUAUGACAACAGCUAAACCGAUGUAUCCUUCGGCUGGCCAAGAUCAAUUAUCGUAUGGAGCCGGUCAACUGAACCCGGCGAAGGCUGUCGACCCAGGUCUCGUCUACGACGCCGGUGCCAAUGACUACGCGCAAAUGCUCUGCAAUUCGGGUUACACCAAAACCAUGAUCAGGAUUGUCACUGGCGACGCCGGUUCCUGCUCUGCCAGGACCAAUGGAACGGUGAGGGAUCUCAAUUACCCUUCCAUGGCCUUGUAUGUUCAGUACGGCAAAGCCUUCACUGCGAAGUUCUCGAGAACAGUGACCAACGUUGGCGGCGGCAACGGCAAGUACAUGGCGAAGGUCUCGGCUGAUCACAGACUUAAUGUGGUGGUGAAUCCUAGUGUGUUGGAGUUUUCGAAGUUGAAUGAAAAGAGGCGGUUCACUGUGUCAUUUUCCGGCAGGCCAUUGCCAUGGAACUCGAAGGCGCCGGCGACACUCAUUUGGUCUGACGGGAAGCAUAAGGUGAGGAGCGUGAUGGUUGUCUUCACACAUUUAUUUUGA